ACUCCAAAACGCCAUCCCCAUUAAGCAAUUCCCAUCUCAUCCCCUCACCUGAAAUCUCCAGCAGCUACCACAAAUGGCUUCAAAAGCGAUUGAAAUGUGUCUAGUCCUGAUCCUAAUGACCAUGCUCUGUGGUGGAGCCACGGCUCAAUCGAGUUGCACCAGUGUCAUCAUGGGCUUGUCCCCAUGUCUCAACUACAUAACGGGAAAUUCAUCCACCCCGUCGCCUUCUUGCUGCUCACAGCUUACUGCCGCUAUUCAGUCGCAGCCGCAGUGUCUCUGCUCCUUGCUCAACGGCGGCGGCAUGUCGCUCGGUAUCCCCAUUAACCAAACUCUUGCUCUUGCGCUUCCCGGUGCUUGUAAUGUCCAAACUCCGCCAAUCAGCCAGUGUAAUGCCGCCAGCGGACCCACGACUCCGGCAGCUCCCCCGGUUGAUUCUCCGAUAGGUUCUCCGGUGGGUUCUUCUAAUGAGACACCUGCAGAUACUCCAUCGGCAUCAGAUGUUCCUAAUCCUUCUGGAGGAGGGUCCAAAACAGUGCCAUCAACGAAGGGGAACACAUCUGGUGGAAGCAUCAUCCUAUCGCCCUUUCGUUUUGUAAUUUUGCUCCUCUUCAUUGGGUCAACAGGGAACCACAUCAUGAGCUUUCUGCAGUAUCAUUGACUAGCUUAUUGUAGUACUGGAGAUGGCUUGUAUUAUUUAUAGAUUACUCAUAUUCCCCUUGAAGACGGCUUGCAUUAUUUAUACAUCUACCGUGAUAUUUUCCAC